CCAUUCUGCUGUUCUUCAUUUGCUGUUGGGCUUGAUGGGUCAUCAGGACGCUGCUCAGGUCCAGUAUUAUGGGACCGGAGGUUCUCUGGUUCUGAGGCCUAAAUUCUCCGGUAAGAUAACCAGCAUCACCUGGAAGCAUAAAGGGAACAUACAGGCUGAUUGGAUUAAAGGUUCUUUCCCAUUGGAAUAUCUGGGUGACCUGAAAGGUCGGUUAGACCUGAACCUGACCACCGGGAUACUGACUGUGAACAACAUGAUGAAAGCAGACCAAGGACUGUUCAGUGUGGAGAUCAACAACAAGGUUCUUCCUGACGCCUUUGAAGCUCAGUGGAUCGAUAACCUCAAUGAUCACAAAGUUGUAGUCAUAGCGACACCUCUGACCUGCAGCAGUCAGUCUCCGAGCUGCAAACUGAGGUGUGGUGAAGAGAUUAAAGGUGCCGGAACCAUCCAGUACUUCUGGAAGAAAGGAGAGAAUGGAUCAUGGGAGCAGGGAGAGAGGCUGAUUGAGAUUGAAAACACGGAUGAAACUCGACGCUUUAAAACCUUCACCUGCAGAGCAAUGAAUCAAAUCAGCGACAAGGAGAGCAAACCGGAGGAGAACCCAUUCAUCCUAAUAGAACGUGUGCUUUUCUUCAAAAUUGUGAUCAAAUCUGUGGCCCUCCUGUUUCUGCUUAUCUUUAUGGUUUGGUUCUUUUGGAAGAACUGGAACGUCCUCUGUAGGUGUGGGUGCAGAGACAGAGAGAAGGAUGACCUCUAGCUUUACUUCAGGAGCGGUUUGAUUACUUUGUGCAUCA